AUGGCACAGACACCACAGCAACGACGCGCCAACGAUCGGUUCGCAAAGACCGAGGCCGCAAAGCGCGGCAAAGGCCCAACAACCAUCAAGCCCAAGAAGAACACCAAGUCACCACUCUCCGCAACCUGGGUCGUUCUCCUCGCGUUUGUCGUUUGUGGUGGUCUCCUUCUAGAGCUGUUGCGGGUCGUCCCUGACCUCUGGUCCUCCGUGGCCGCAUGGUUCACUCAGAUCAUCGGGUAA